CACGCCACCCAAGUCACCGACCGUCAAAUUCUCUUGUAACCUCUCUUUGUCUUAAACCAAACCCCAUCAUUUGGCUAAAUAAAUUCCAGUUUUUUCUCUUGAAAACAAAAAAAGGAAAAGCAAAUCCAAUUGGGUUGUUGGGAAAAAAAAAAGUUUCAAAUGUUCUUCAUCAUCUGAACAAAAAGGUGAAAAUCAACAAUAUUUUUCUAGCUCACAAGGAAUAAUAAAGGACUGGGGCAUAAAUUCUGGAGCUGGAGCAAUUAGAUUAAGUCUAAUUUUGUUGAGCUAUUUAAUCCUUUACUUCUUCAAAACUUUUGGGUUGGAUAAGAAGAGAGCAGUUUUGGGCGUGAAAUAAGAUGGCAGACCUGAGAAGUGGAGUUCGACGAUCGAAGAGGGUCAAUAACGGGCAAGAGAAUCCUGCUAUGUUAGUUCCACCUGCUCUUCCUGGUGCUAGAAUAGGUCCAACCAGUAGAGGUAGAGGAAGGGGCACCAGAGCUACGAAUCAAAAUAAGAAUACCAAGCUUCUUGGCGCGGGAGUGGGUGGUCAGGGACAUACUGGUUUAGAUAUGCCGGUAGGAGAUUUAUUAGCCGUUCGGGAUGAGUUGGUAAUUCAGAAAAGCGCAGCCAAAUUGGCAGCCACUGACGAUGAGGGAAGCACAAGUGCACUUCCUGAGAGGGUGCAGAUUGGCAGCUCUCCCGUGUACAAGUUGGACAGGAAGUUGGGAAAAGGCGGUUUUGGACAAGUAUAUGUGGGAAGAAGGGUGACUGGUGGUAUUGGUGGCGUUGGGCCUGACGCCUUUGAGGUUGCUUUGAAGCUCGAGCAUAAAAAUAGUAAAGGCUGCAGUCAUGGUCCACCAUAUGAGUGGCAAGUCUACAGCAAUCUCAAUGGUUGUUAUGGACUUCCCCUCGUCCAUUAUAAAGGCCAACAAGAGGACUACUAUAUCUUAGUCAUGGACAUACUAGGGCCAAGUUUAUGGGAUCUUUGGAACUCUAAUAACCAAAUGCUGUCUGAAGAAACAGUUGCUUGUAUAGCAGUGGAGGCAAUAUCAAUUCUAGAACAACUUCAUUUGAAAGGUUUUGUCCAUGGAGAUGUUAAACCUGAAAACUUUUUGCUUGGUCUACCCGGAACACCUAAUGAGAAAAAGUUGUAUCUUAUUGAUCUUGGUUUGGCAUCAAAAUGGAGGGAUUCAUCUUCCGGUCGUCAUGUUGAUUAUGACCAAAAGCCUGAUGUUUUCAGGGGAACUGUACGCUACGCAAGUGUACAUGCUCAUUUGGGUAGAACAGGCAGCCGUAGGGAUGAUCUUGAGUCACUAGCCUACACUUUAAUAUUCCUACUUAAAGGAAAACUUCCCUGGCAGGGCUAUGUUGGAGAGAAUAAAGGAUUUCUUGUUUGUAAGAGAAAGAUGGCAACUUCUUCUGAGUUGUUGUGCGGCUCGUGUCCUGCUCCUUUCCAUAAAUUCCUUGAGAUGGUGACCAACAUGAAAUUUGAGGAAGAACCGAAUUAUUCGAAGCUUAUUUCUCUUUUCGAUGGUAGCAUAAGUUCCAAUGCAUCACUGCGACCAAUCAGAACUGAUGGGGCAGCAAAGUUUGGUCUAAAAAGAGGAAGAUUGCAUGUGGAGUUAGAAGAUGGUGGGCCGCCUAAGAAGAGAAUUCGACUAGGCAGUCCAGUUACUCAGUGGAUCUCAGUUUAUAAUUAUAGAUCACCAAUGAAGCAGAGAUAUCACUUCAAUGUUGUCGAUUCACGACUUCAACAGCAUGUUGAUAAAGGGAGGGAGGACGGUUUGUAUAUUAGCUCUGUGGCUUCUUCUUUGAGUAUGUGGGCCCUCGUUAUGGAUGCAGGAACAGGUUACUCGGCCCAGGUUUUUGAACUAUCACCCAUUUUCUUGCACAAGGAGUGGAUAAUGGACCAAUGGGACAAGAAUUACUAUAUCACGUCAGUUGCUGGUGCAUGUAAUGGUAGUGCCUUGGUGGUAAUGUCCCAAGGUGUACCAUAUACUCAGCAGUCUUACAAAGUCAGCGAUGUAUUUCCGUUCAAAUGGAUCAAUAAGAAGUGGAAAGAGGGCUUCUUUGUUACAUGCAUGACCACGGCAGGUAGCAAAUGGGGCAUUGUGAUGUCGCGAAACGCAGGUUAUUCGAGUCAGGUUGUGGAACUCGAUUUUCUAUAUCCAAGUGAAGGGAUCCAUAAAAGAUGGGAGAGCGGGUAUCGGAUUACCUCCACUGCUGCAACAGCUGAUCAGGCUGCUUUCAUACUCAGUGUACCCAAGAGAAAAAUGCCAGAUGUCGCGCAAGAAACUCUUCGGACGUCUGCUUUUCCGGCUACACAUGUUAAGGACAAAUGGUCAAAGAACCUGUACAUUGCAGCCAUUUGCUAUGGGAGAACAGCGUCUUGAAAUUUGGAUUUGGAAGAAAAUAUUGCGCAUAUUAUUAUGGCCAGGUGAUCGGGUUCGCCGUAAUCUACUAUCUGCCAGGCUUUAUGGGUGGGACAGAUUGUUCUAAAGAGGUACAGCUAAAGAUGGUUCUUCAGGCAUACCUUGUUGAAGAACAUAGUUGUAGAGAGAGCUUGAAAUGCCAGGGAUUAUCUUUUCUGGUUAUGUUUUGAUGAAGGCUGCUUAAAACCCCCACCCAAAAAAAGAAAAAAAAAAAAAGUUUGUAUAGUUCCUGAGAGAUAAGAGGCUUCAAUCUUUCUUACCUUUCAACACAGAGAUGUGCAAUAUCCAAUAUGAAGAAAGAUGUAAUUUAUAGUUACAUUUGAGUUUGGAAGAGAAACACAGGGAGAGCACUAAUUUUUCUGGUAACAAAAGUUUUCCAGCCUAAGGAAUUUUUUGUUGACUCUUCUGUUAUUAAAGAAUUCCAUUGUUGUUUGUAAGAAGUCAUAAAAUGACCACGAAAAUAUGUUGAGCCAAUGUUAGUAAUCUAAUAUCCAAUACUCUUGGUAUUUGCUACUUGAAAAAAAAAAAAAAUGGUUUCUUUCAUUUCAAUACUCUCUUACCAAGUCUUUGUCCAAAAGUAGAGUAGGGUAAUUGUGAUUAUUUGAUUAAUUAUAAAAAGUCCUAGAGUCAAACACAAAGCUCUCAUCAACGCUUCCCUCUCCACAUGG